AUGCUGAUGCUGGAGAUGCUCUUCGCGCUCUGGAAGGGCCCGAAGGCUGAUGAAGACGACUGGGCCGAAAGUGGCGAACUUCCGGAGCAGGCAAAAUCCUGGAGGUCCUCCUUUCUGACAACACGCUCGGCUUGGAAAGCCUGGUGGAAGAAGUGUGUGCACCUUUUCCAAUCCGUCCACAACGAAGGAGCACAUAAACUGGCUGCUGAACUUCGGGAAAAGUGCCGGAAUACGAAGCAGUUGGUGAUCGAGGACCACUGCGAGCUUUUGCGGGCGACCGUGAAGAAGAUUGCGGCACCUUGUGCAGAAGUCCCCGAAGGUGAAGUGUACAAGAAGGUGUCCUUGGUCCUCCAGGUGGCCUCCGAGUUGAUCAACCCAGCUGGGAAAACCCAAUGGCAGGAGAUCCACCGGCGCCUCCUGAAAUGCAAUCUGCAUGUGGGCUCGAAUUACAGCGACGAGGCGGACGAGGACCCCGGAAAAAUGCUGCUUCGCCUGGUGCAGCCCAAAGGACGUGGGCAAGGCGGAUGGUGGGGUGGUGAUUCCUACUACGGCAAUUACGAUGAGAACCAGUUGGACCCCGGAAAAAUGCUGCUUCGCCUGGUGCAGCCCAAAGGACGUGGGCAAGGCGGAUGGUGGGGUGGCUCUCCAGCUGCACUGGGUGAUUCCUACUACGGCAAUUACGAUGAGAACCAGUUGGACCCCGGAAAAAUGCUGCUUCGCCUGGUGCAGCCCAAAGGACGUGGGCAAGGCGGAUGGUGGGGUGGUGAUUCCUACUACGGCAAUUACGAGUGGGCCGACCAUCGCAAAGGAGCCGGUAAAUACAAGCACAAGGGCAAGACAUCGGGAAAGCACGUCUGGGCCGGCUGGAACGGCAGUGAAUCCUGGUGGACCUCCACCUCCGGCGAGGAGUGGCUGGAGGAGUCCCAAAACUACUGGAUCGGGCGACAGCGCAGCGCUCCACAAUGGGGAAGGACCAACGCUCCCGAGGCUACCAACGCGCGAUGGCGCCAGAAGGGUAAAGCCGAGGGAAAAGGCUCGGGCAGCGGCAAAGGCAAGUCGAAGAGCUCAACUGCUGAGCCCAAGGCGAAGCAGAAGUGGAAUCCGGCUGCAAAGAGCUCCAAGUGA